CUGAAACCGGCAACCUAAACAAACGCGUUCUAUCCCUGUACAUGCAUACUCGCCCCGUGCCAGCUGACUGAGCACCAGUGAGAGGGAAGGCGAGGAGCACAGAAGCAUCAGAGCAAAUUCAAGACUUUGUCUAGAACACACUUAGAAAACGGUAUCCGGCAAGAUGGCUAAUGCUAAUAAUGGUGUAAUGUUGGCAUAUCAGCAUGUCAUGACCAAUGAAAAUGGGCUGCAGCUCAAUCAACCAGUAACUCAUCUGAAGAAAUUUGACGAAAGGAACCAGAUUCAGAUACUCACCAUUGGCAAAGAAAAUACGAAACCAACCAAAGCCUUCCUGCUGAUUGGCCAAACAGGAGCUGGUAAGACUAGGCUGUUGAACGCGAUGAUAAACUACAUUAUGAAAGUCAGGUUUGAGGACAAUUUUAGAUACACCGUAAAGGACGAGAUUGGCACCAUGCCUAAAAAUAAGACAGAAAGCCAGACAGAGUUUGUGACUGGUUAUCUCAUCUACCAGCAACCCGGGAUGGCAGUUGAGUGCAACUAUCUAAUCAUUGACACCCCAGGGCUAGGAGACACAAGGGGAAGGGGGCAGCAGCUUAAGAUCAAGAAACAAAUUGAGGUUUUCCUCUCAGACGAGACAUUCGAUAUCAGUGAACUUCACUGCCUCGGUUUCGUUGUCAAUGGAACAAUCAAUAGGUCCCAUGAAUAUCUUAAGGAGAUCGUCCUAGAGUUUGAGUCAUUAUUUGGAAAAGACACUAUUAAAAUCACAAAGAUUCUGGCAACACACACUGACGAUGAUACACCAGCAGUCAGCAAAGUCUUAGAUGAUAUCAAGAUCAAAGCAGAUAAAUUGUAUACCUUUGAUAAUGGUGUUCUAUAUUGCAAUAACCAAGGGGGGAAGAAGGCAAAACUCUGCCAAAUGCAAUGGGAAUUUCUUACAAGCAAAUAUGAAGAAUUUUUUGAGGACAUGCUGGUCGCUAAACCAGGCAGUCUGAGGCUGUGCAAAGAAGCCAUUAAAGAGAAGAUGAAUCUUGAAAGAUCAUUGCUGAUGUUGAAAAGGCACAUAGACAAUAAAGUGAAGGCCCUGUUGCAAUGUAGGAACAAGCAAAAGCUGUAUGAGGAAUACUAUACCGCCAUGAGAUGCAAUGAGGAAUUUGAAGGUGAAGAAACGAUCACUGUGAAAGAGAGAGUUCCCAUCAACGGGCGUUUCACUCACGCUCACAAUUGCCCCAGAUGUGAGCAGACGUGUGUAUACCCUUGCACUGUUUGGAAAUCUGCAUUCUGUAGUUGUCCCACUGGUGUAGAAGAGUGUGACUUUUGCCCUUGCAGCAAAAAUGACCAUGAGAAGGAAAAUGAAACAAUCGAAAGCAGACAAGAAAAAAGACAUAUCACAAACGAAGAGAUGAAAUACAAAUACGAACAGGCAAAAACAAACAUGCAGAAUAUGGAGGAACUUAUGGGAGAACUACAAGAAGAAACUGACAACCAUUCCAAGCAAAUGGCUAUUUAUAUUAAGACAGUUGUGAGCCACAUUGAACGAAUCAAUGAGAUUGCAAGGAACCCAAAUCCCAAAGCUACUGAAGACUAUAUUUGUGAGCUCCUUGGCGAUGUAAGAGACACGAUGCUUAUGGGUACUACAGAUGCUUCAGACCGACAGUACAUGACUAAACUUUUGAAUGAACUCCCAGCACAAAUAGACCAAAUAGUUCUUGAGGUAACAAAGAAGAAAACGAGUUUGAGUGAGCGGUUCAAAGCAAUGACUUCUUAUGCUAAACUUAACCUAAACCCAUUUGGAAGAGGUGGACAUUAAAAUGGAAAAAAGGGAAAAAGAAUAGAAGCACCAGGUGUCCACCAUGGCAUUAUUCCUUGGUCAUUUUCGGAGUUGCAAAUUCUUAUUUUAUAAAUUGGUCUAUUUCGGUAAUCAGCUUGAGAAAAUUGCGAGAAGUACGUUGACUUAUAUAGAAUUUUAUCUUUACAUUUUUAUAGUGCUUUCCUAUUCCAUUUGUUAACAGGAAAAAAGUCGGGCGGAAUGGACAACAAAACCCAGCACUAUGUUCGUAGGAAUUAAGUUUUGUAGAUGACAAGAAAUAUGUGCAGAUAUGAUUUCUUUCUAGUAAUACAUUCUAUCUCAAUGUGUGUGUGUAUUUAUGUAUGUAUGCAUAUAUAUUAUACACACACACACACACACACA